GAUUGGGCGAUGGAAAAAUAGUGUGCCAAGCGUUCGCGCACGGUGGGCGGGAAUUGGGUUGUUUAUAAACCCGGUGAGCGCGCCGUGGGCGGGAAUAUAAGACGGUGAAACUGAAGUCAGACAGAGAGAGAGAGAUAGAGAGAGAGAACGAACAGGAGAGAGAGAGGAGGACAGAAGCAGCGGUGGCUGGAGCUCACUGGAGCUUGUAGGAGGAAGCGCGGCGUCCCCUGCCCCUCCAUUCCAGCACCUGUAUGGAGGACCACCUCAGCCUCCUUCACUCGCCUCCGCCUUCUUCUACCAAGCAUGGCAAAAACAACAACAUCAUAAACCCCGGUUACACCGAGGCCGAGCAGGACACCAUGACAGUGGUCACAUGUGACAACAUGCUGGAGGAAACGGCAGGGCUCCCGGGACACCACUCCUUGGACCGCUACGAGUCAGGAAACGAGUGCUGCGAGAGGGUGGUCAUCAACAUCUCGGGUCUGCGCUUCGAGACUCAGAUCAAAACUUUAUCCCAGUUCCCCGAGACCCUGCUUGGGGACCCCAAGAAGAGGAUGCGCUACUUUGACCCCCUACGAAACGAAUACUUCUUCGAUAGGAACAGGCCCAGUUUCGAUGCCAUUCUGUAUUACUAUCAAUCCGGCGGGCGUAUCAGGAGACCCGUUAAUGUCCCCAUUGACAUUUUCUCUGAAGAAAUCAGGUUUUAUGAACUUGGAGAGGAAGCUAUGGAGAAAUUCCGUGACGACGAAGGGUUUAUCAAAGAGGAAGAGCGCCCUUUGCCUACAAAUGAGUUCCAACGGCAGGUGUGGCUAUUGUUUGAAUACCCGGAGAGCUCAGGGCCAGCCAGGGGCAUCGCUAUAGUUUCUGUGCUGGUCAUUUUAAUCUCCAUCGUUAUAUUUUGCCUGGAAACCUUGCCCGAGUUCCGGGAUGACAAGGACUACCGCGGUCCUCUAGAGCCGGUGAUAAAUGGAACCUCCCCUUACCUGAGCAGCACUUUCACAGACCCCUUCUUUGUGGUGGAGACGCUCUGCAUAAUCUGGUUCUCCUUUGAACUGCUGGUGAGGUUUUUUGCUUGCCCCAGUAAAGCCACCUUUUCCAAAAACAUCAUGAACAUCAUAGACAUCGUGGCUAUCAUCCCCUAUUUUAUCACCCUGGGUACGGAACUGGCCGAGCGCCAGGGGAACGGGCAGCAGGCCAUGUCCCUGGCCAUCCUCCGGGUCAUCCGGCUGGUGCGCGUCUUUCGGAUCUUCAAGCUGUCCCGGCACUCCAAGGGGCUGCAGAUUCUGGGGCAGACCCUCAAGGCCAGUAUGCGGGAGCUGGGGCUGCUGAUCUUCUUCCUUUUCAUCGGGGUCAUCCUCUUCUCCAGCGCGGUCUACUUCGCGGAAGCUGACGACCCUUCGUCUGGCUUUAGCAGCAUCCCUGAUGCUUUCUGGUGGGCCGUGGUAACCAUGACAACCGUCGGCUACGGAGACAUGCACCCGGUCACCGUCGGAGGGAAAAUAGUCGGGUCACUGUGUGCAAUUGCGGGCGUGUUAACCAUUGCCUUGCCUGUGCCAGUCAUUGUCUCCAACUUUAACUAUUUCUACCACCGGGAGACUGAGGGCGAGGAGCAAGCGCAGUACUUGCGCGCUGGCAGCUGUGAGCAUCUAUCCUCUGAAGGGGAGCUCAAAAAGGCUCCCAGCACUUCCUCUUUGAGUAAAUCGGAAUACAUGGUGGCGGAGGAAGGGCUGAACAGUGCAUUCAAACAGCCUUUCGCAAGCAGCAACUGCACCCCAAACAACUGCGUGACCGGCAAAAAGAUCUUCACCGACGUUUAAAAACGAGCGUAACAGGAAUAAGCUUUCUUAAAAACAAUACUACUGCUACUAUGAGUAAUCGUGACGUGUCAGUGCAGUUAUGUUGUGUGGAGGCGACGUCAUAGGUGUAGUAAACGUGUCUGCUUCGUGGUCAAGUUCAUUCGCGCUAGAAUAACUACAUAGACUCGAGGUUUUUGCUAGUUCAUAAUUAGGAUCUGCUAUCACUGUGAGCAAUCCAGUAACGUCGGCUUUCUGUUGGUUUCUUUUUAAUGGCCGAGGCGCUGUGUGUUAAUUCAAACCGUAGCCUAAUGUUGAAAUUGCGUAUUUAGUCUGUAGAAAGCGUAUCUGUGAGAAAAAAAGUAUUUCAAUGAAAAACAACGCAAAAGAUAAUUGUGCGUAAGUAAAACAAGUAAGCGAUAAUAGAUAUGUGUUUAUUACAAUAGUGUGAGCUCUGUGAUUUAUUAAUGUUAUAAAAUGCUGGAUUGUUAAUUGGGAAAGACAAGUCGUGUAUUUCAACAAAACUGAAAUAUAAGGACAGAAGAGCCCCAAAACCUCCGAACCUGAAAUGGAGAUGUUCGUUAAAUACUGUAUCUUCAGUUGCCUCGUUAAAUGAAUUAUAAUGAUCGUAUCACUAUUUACAUGAAGCACAUCUAUUUUUGUACGCCGUCGUCAUGUGGAUACAUGUUUCUGAAUGAACAGACUGAUUUUCAAACAGGGAAUACUAUACAAAAAACAACAGGCUGUGUCAUUCACUCGGGACACGUAUUUGGAUCUGAGGUGAACGUCUCAAGAAUAAAGAUUAGUCAAAUCAAAGGACUUCAUGCGGAUGCUACUAAUUCUGCCUGGAGCCCUGCAGUCACCAUAGCAACCACCGUUUCCCAGGCAACCCCAUCUAAUGUUGCCAUGGGAUCCCUCUGCGUUUCCACGGCAACCUCCCAGAUGGUUCUAAAGCCUUCCAAAUAAAGAGCAAGCCGCUGUGCAAAAAAACACACAGGCUUGUCAGCGAGAUAAGGGAUCAAUCUGACAAAAAAUAAAUAGCAAUGUCAUUAAAAAAAUAAAUACAAUUCCUUUUAGAUGUACACAGACAGACGGCUGUGCAUUGAAUACAACGUGGCCCCUCUAAUUAGAUACGAUUGGCCUAUAUAUUGAACUAUGUUAGAUACACGCCCUCAUUGUAUAGCCCUUUACAAAAGUAACUGUUCCACGUGAAACCCAACACCAGUACACGUCACGUAGGCAUGGCCAUAUCUAAACACAUCAGAUUGAGACGAGAAACGACGGGAGAUUAAAUCCGCGAGUCCUCCUAAAAACAAGAACGCGUACAAACAACCAUUCUAUCAACCCAGAAUACAGCCCCCCCCUCAACAAGAACACCACUGGGAGGAUGGGACCGUGAAAAGAAAGACACCUGCGUUACUUCAAUCUACCACCAGGGAGUGCUAUUCACCGCCACAUGGGGAAGUGCCUGGAAAGACCAAGAGAACACGGGUUCAAGCCCAACGCAGUCCACAUCAGUACAGGUUUUGGUACAGUAGGAGACUCCUAGUAAACAAGGAUCGAGAGAUGCCAGCUCACAAGCAACAGCUGCAUUACCUGACCUCUCUGCCUUCAACGCCAAGCCUGUGGCAGUUACUCAGCUCCUGAAUACAGCACGAGACAUGACUGAGUCUCUUGAGAGAGAGAGAGAGGAGGGACGUCUCCAGCGACAGGCACAGACUGCCUUUUCACACAGCGCCUAUCCCACACCCUGACAGCAAGCCGUGUAGAAGAGAAGUGAGCCUCUUCAUGUGAAUCUGCCAAUGUUCUGUCACUACCUUGUUAUUUGAAUGAGUGGUCUUUGACCGUACGGGCCCAUGAUAAUGCUGCUGUUGCCGGGCAGCGCUCUGUACUGUAGAGCACUCCGAGCACUCUGUAUAGUGCACUGGGAUUCUUUGAGAGAAUCUCACAUUUGUAGCAACGGACGAUAAAAACAGGAAACCAAAAUCGUGACUGCAUGAACAGAGCUGGCUAGGAUUGCAUUUCUUUCCACCUUUAUUUUUGUAAUUAGUUUUAUUUUUUAUGACAUGUAAUGGGCUGGCUUGUCAGUUCAGUAAGCUGGGCCUAUGAAUACAGAUUGCUGCUCAAUUGCUUCUGUAAAUGGUUACGACUGUUUUGUACGGAAUAAAAGUGCUGUUAGUGUG